AUGUCGUCAGGACUGGCCUCCGACGAAGUCGCUGAGGAUUACAAGAACUCAUUGGAAGAUCUAACAACGAACGACAGGUUCCAGAUCAGCAAUUUAACGGUCAUAGCCAAGGAGAACACCGAGCAUGCCAUGGCCAUCUCCCGAGUAUUGGAGAAUCACAUUCGAACAACGCCUCCGGCCCAGAAGUUGCCCGCCUUGUAUGUAGUCGAUUCAAUUGUCAAGAAUGUAGGGACACCCUACACGCUUUUUCUGGGUCGCAAUAUGUACCAGACAUUUAUGAAUGCCUAUACCUUGGUCGACUCGCCAACUCGCAGAAAACUGGACGAGAUGCUCAAAACAUGGAAGGAGCCGGUCCCUGGUUCUCUAGACACGAGGCCAGUCUUUCCUCCGGAGGUUACUCGCGGCAUCGAAAGUGCACUCAUCAAAGCGAGGACAGCCGCCCUGCAGCAGCAGCAGGCGAGGAGCCAACAGGAAGUCCUUACACGUGGGCGGGUUGGGACACCCCCAGGUUGGGGGAGUAGCAGCGCAACAGCUCAGAGUUCUACUCGUUAUCCGCCAUCCACAAAUUCAACGCCACCUAUGCUAUAUCACAGGAAUGGGUCUGGUCAUGGGUUUCCAUCGGCAGACCCGCGAUCAACACCAACGCCUCAGCUCCAGCAACAGCAACAGCAGGAUGUGAACCUCUCAGCUUUGAAUCGAGAUAUAGAGGUUUUGAUCGCAACUGCCCGAAGCGAUUUCGCGAAUAAUCCCCUCGACCCUUCCGUACAGCAACGGCUAAAGGCUCUUCUAGACCUCCAGGGUAUCUUGCAACGCCAGGAACUUACUCAGGAUCAAUUGAAGCUUGUGCGCGAUCAGGUUUCUGCGCUUUCCCCAAACCCCCCAAAUUCAGUUCCUUCGACUCUUCCCCCUGCUAUUCCAGCGGUGUCAACACCAUCGAUGGCAAUGCCUCCUGUACAAGCCAUUUCUCAGCCUCUUCAGCAGUUUCUGAACCCCGGGGCACUUGCUGAGCUUAUCAAAACUACUGCUGCACGCCAGCAGCCUACGCCACCGCCUCAGGCUCAGAGUCUCUUGCCACAAGCACCUAGCAGUGGGAUAUCGCAGCCAACUGGUACUUUAAACCUGGAGAACCCACUGAUUGCAGCGCUCAGAGCACGGGGCCUUUUACCCCCUGCUUCGGCACCUCCAACAACGUCAGCUACGCCUUCCUCAAACCUCGCUUCGGUCUUCCCUUUCAUUGUGCCCGGUCAAGUGCGAUUUACACCUCCUGUGCCGACGUCUCAAGUGACCGAUAAUUCGAAUAUACAAAUUAACGUUCAAAUGAACACAGCGUCUAUCAAGAUACCACGCAAUACCUUCAUAGCUACUCUUUAUGAGUCAAAGCCCAAUCGUUGUGGGACUUGUGGGCGUCGAUUUUCUGCAACAGAGGAUGGGAAAGAAAAGAAAGCGCGCCAUCUAGACUGGCACUUCAGAACCAACCAGCGGAUGGCAGAGGCAGCCAGGCGGGCCCAGAACCGCAGUUGGUAUGUUGACGAACGGGAUUGGAUCAAAUCCCGAGAGGUGGGCGAUGAUGAAGGCCUUGUGGACACAGAAACAUCCGGUGAAGUUUCAAAUGGAGGCGAUGGUGGUUCUGCGAAGAAAGGGCCACCGAAACAAUGGAUACGUGCUCCGAACGAUGCCACUCUACGGAAUACGCCCUGUCCUAUUUGCCAGGAGAAAUUCGAGUCGACAUGGUCUGAGGAUGUCCAAGACUGGAUAUGGCAAGAUGCCGUCAAGGUCGGGAAUCGCGUGUACCAUGCUAGUUGUUAUGCAGAGGUGACCAAAGACGGUUCCACGCCAGCACUGCGAGGUACUCCAUCAGGGCGUACUGGAACUCCAGACUCCGUAUUGGGCAAACGCAAGGCUGAGGGAACCGAUUCUCCUAGCCAAAAUGCCCGGGUCAAGUUGGAGCUAAUGUAA